AGUGACGUCACCGCGCACACCGCCGCCAGUCUGCGCUGAAACGACCAAGACCCGAGACUGGAGCAGAAAGUCCCCAAAAGUGCUCUACAGCGCGGCCAAAAUCUGGGACGAACCCGGGACUUAUCUAGGUCUGAGCCGGUCCAAAACCAGGUCUGAGCGAGGACUAUACCGGGACUAAACCAGGAGUUGGAAAAGGUGCAAAAGGAGACAAGGAAACCCCCAGAGGUCUCGCGCAAAACCGAGUCCGGACCAAAGGGAUUACGCACAGAAUUUGGACCAAACUAGGACUUAACCAGCACUAAACCAGGACCAUGUCGGUCUCAGAGGAACCCGACGGAGCGCGCCCCCGAUACGGCUCGGUGCUUGAUGGCGUGGAGCGUCUCACGGCCGAGGAGAUGGAUGAGCGGCGGCAGCAGAACAUGGCCUAUGAGUACCUGUGCCAUCUGGAGGAGGCCAAGAGGUGGAUGGAGGCGUGUCUGGACGAGGAGCUCCCACCCACCACGGAGCUGGAGGAGGGGCUUAGGAAUGGAGUGUAUUUGGCCAAACUGGGACACUUCUUCGCUCCUCAGACGGUUUCUCUCAAGAAGAUCUAUGACCGAGAGCAGACACGAUAUAAGGCCACAGGUCUUCACUUCAGACACACAGACAAUGUGAUCCAGUGGCUCAACGCCAUGUCGGCCAAGGGGCUGCCCAAGAUUUUUUAUCCGGAGACGACGGACAUCUAUGACCGGAAGAACAUGCCACGCUGCAUCUACUGCAUUCACGCACUCAGUCUGUACCUGUUCAAACUGGGACUGGCCCCUCAGAUCCAGGACCUUUACGGAAAAGUGGACUUCACAGAGGAGGAGAUUAACAACAUGAAGUCAGAGCUGGAGAAGUACGGGAUCCAGAUGCCCGCCUUCAGCAAGAUCGGAGGGAUCCUGGCCAAUGAGCUGUCAGUCGACGAGGCCGCAUUGCAUGCCGCUGUCAUCGCCAUAAACGAGGCGGUUGAUCACGGCGACCCCCAGGGGACCUUUGCGGCGCUGCAGAACCCGAACGCCAUGUUGGUCCAGUUAGAUCCAGACUCUGCCCAGGACUAUCAGGACACACUGCACCGGGCCAAAGAUCAGAAGGUCCAGAGCUCCAGGAAACGGCAAAUGGAGAACGCUGAAGCAGAACGUGACAUUUACGACGAACUCCUGACGCAAGCGGAGAUCCAGGGCAACGUCAACAAAGUCAACAUUGCCACGGCGCUGCGGGCAAUAGAGGGUGCUCUUCUCAGUGGGGAUGAGAACAAACUGUUUGAGGCCCUCAAAGCUCUGGGCCUCAGGAACCUGAACCCUGACAACAAGAGCUGGUACCUCAAACAGCUGCAGGCCGACAGGGACAACAAGGAACAGGUGUCGCCAGGUGAAGCCCUGACCAAAGACGAGCUGCAGAAUGGAGUAGAUGCUGCAAAUGAGUUUUCAGACGGAUAUAACAAGAUGCUUGUCGCGGUGGAGAGGAUAAACGCCGCGAUCCGAGCCGGCAUUCCUGAGAAGACGGUGGAGGAGUUAAUGAGGCCGGAGGCUCAGCUUCCCACAGUGUUUCCUGAAGCUGCAGAUCUGUAUCAGAGAGAACUGAGCAGCCUCCAGCAGCAGAGCCCCGAAGGUGCCCUGUCCCACCCCGAGCUGAUGGUUGCCGUAGAGAUGCUGUCUGCGGUGGUACUGAUGAACUCUGCGCUGGAGCGAGGAGAUAAAACAGCACUGUGGAACCUUCUGUCCAGCCCUGAGACUGGCCUGAGCAACGUGGACCAGGAGACCGCCCAGAGAUACAUGGAGGAGCUGUUACGACUAAAAGCUGAAGCAGGAAGUGAAUAUUUGACCUGGAAUGACAUCCAGGCGUGUAUUGACCAGGUCAACCAGACUGUGCAUGAUGAGCACCAGAGGAUCGCUGCAAUUGGUGAGAUAAACGAGGCGUUGGAUGAGGGUGACGUUCAGAGGACUUUGGCAUCGCUGCAGAAUCCGGCGGCGAAACUCGAGGACAUCGACCCCGCCCUCGCUGCACACUACCACGAUGUCCUCCAAGGGGCGCGGCGCGAGAAGGCUCAUGAGACACAGGACCCGUCUGCUGUGCUGUGGUUGGACGAGAUCCAGGAUGCUAUCCGCCAAGCCAAUCAGAACACGGCUGACGCCUUGCUCUUCUCCCAGUGCAUCCAGGCCAUAAACCGUGCGGUGGACCAAGGCGACGCUGCUCAGACUCUGGCCGCACUCAGGAACCCUGGGGCGGGGCUGUAUGGGGUCACGGCUGAGUGUGGAGAGACGUACCAGAGUGAGCUAAAAACCAAGAAGGAGCAGAAGGAACCAGAUAUUGGCAGCGAGUGGGUGAAGCACUGGGUGAAGGGGGGACAUCAUUAUUACUACAACCUGAGCUCAGAGGAGGGCACCUGGGUCGAACCAGAGGGGUUUAGUCCCAACAGCAGCCAACUGAGCAAGGACGAGAUCCAGGGUGCAGUGUCGGGUGUGACCACAGCAUAUAACCGCGAGCAGUUGUGGCGGGCAAACGAGGCUCUGAUCACGCGCCUCCAGGCGCGGUGCCGAGGGUUCCUUAUCCGAAGGAACGUCCAGGAGCGGAAAGAGUUUCUACAGAGCCAGAGCCCAGCAGUCACCACAAUACAGGCCCAUUGGAAAGGACACAAACAGAGAAAGAACUACAAGGAACGCAAGCAAUACCUUAAGGAGCACAGCAAGGAGGCUGUCAAGAUCCAGUCCAUGGUCCGGAUGCAUCAGGCUCGCAAGAAAUACAGAGACCGACUCAAAUAUUUCAAUGAUCAUAUUGAUGACGUGGUGAAGAUUCAAGCAUUCAUCCGAGCCAAUAAGGCCCGUGACGACUACAAGACGCUUAUAAACGCUGAUGACCCCCCCAUGGGUGUGGUGCGUAAGUUUGUGCACCUUCUGGACCAGAGCGAUCAGGACUUUCAGGAGGAAUUGGAGCUGAUGAAGCUCAGGGAGGAGGUGGUCACAAACAUCAGGUCCAACCAGAGUCUGGAGAAAGACCUGAACCUCAUGGAUAUCAAGAUCGGGCUCCUGGUGAAGAACAAGAUCACUCUGCAGGACGUGGUGUCCCACUCCAAACGCCUUACCAAGAAGAACCACGGACAACUCGCCAACAUGAUGGUCCAGAAGGGAACACAAGGAGGUCUGAAGGCUUUGAGCAAGGAGAAGAGACUGAAGCUGGAGGCUUAUCAGCACCUCUUCUAUCUCUUACAGACCAACCCCUCAUACUUGGCCAAACUGAUCUUCCAGAUGCCUCAGAACAAGUCAACAAAGUUCAUGGACUCUGUGAUUUUCACUUUGUACAACUAUGCAUCCAAUCAGAGAGAAGAAUACCUCUUGCUUCGACUGUUCAAGACGGCGCUCCAAGAGGAGAUCAAGUCCAAGGUGGACCAGCUGAAGGAGGUGGUGACGGGAAAUCCCACAGUGAUUAAGAUGGUGGUGAGUUUUCACCGCGGGGCCAGAGGUCAGAACGCUCUGAGGCAGAUCCUGGCGCCUGUCGUAAAGGAAACCAUCGAUGACAAAACACUCAACAUCAAAACUGAUCCGGUCGACAUCUACAAGAGCUGGGUCAACCACAUGGAAACACAGACAGGGGAAGCCAGUAAGCUGCCGUACGACGUGACCCCGGAACAGGCCAUGUCACAUGAGGAAGUCCGCACUCGACUGGAGGCUUCAAUCAAAAACAUGAAGAACCUCACAGACAAAUUCCUUUUGGCCAUCACCACGUCUGUGGACAAAAUCCCGUACGGCAUGAGAUUCAUCUCCAAAGUGCUCAAAGACUCUCUCCACGAGAAGUUCCCUGAUGCCACAGAAGACGAGCUGCUCAAGAUUGUGGGUAACCUGUUGUACUACCGCUACAUGAACCCGGCUGUGGUAGCGCCUGAUGCCUUCGACAUCAUCGAGGUGGCGGCGGGUGGUCAGCUGAGCACCGAGCAGCGCCGAAACCUGGGCUCUGUCGCCAAAAUGCUCCAACACGCUGCGUCCAGCAAAAUGUUCUAUGGAGACAACGCCCACCUCACGCCCAUCAAUGAGUACCUGAGUGCCGCCUACGCCAAGUACAGGCGUUUCUUCCUUGCGGCGUGCGACGUUCCAUCUCUGGAGGAGAAGUUUAAUGUGGAUCAGUACUCGGACCUCGUCACCGUCACCAAACCUGUCAUUUAUAUUUCCAUCGGAGAGAUCGUCAACACGCACACGCUCCUCUUGGACCAUGCGGACGCCAUUGCUCCCGACCAUAACGACCCGAUCCACGAGCUGCUGGAGGACCUGGGGGAGGUGCCCACGGUGGAGGCGCUUCUUGGAGAAAACCCCCUUCCCCGGGACGACCCCAAUCGCGACCUCCUUGGGAAAACCGAAGUGUCUCUAACUCUAACCAACAAGUUCAAUGUGAGCGCAGAUGGGAACGCUGAGAUGGACGCCAAGACGCUGCUGCUCAACACCAAGAGGCUCAUCGUGGAUGUGAUCCGGUUUCAGCCUGGAGAGACACUGACUGAGAUCCUGGACUGUACCGCAUCCCCAGAGCAGGAGGCGGAGUACCAGCGGGCUAUGCAGAGGAGGGCUCUGAGGGACGCUAAGACCCAGGACCAGAGCCAGGACCAGACUCAGACCAAACGGGACCAAGAUGACUCUCUCAGUCUUCAGGGCAAAAAGGACAAGAUCCGGCACAACCUGCAGGUCCUGGCCGAGCUCGGCAAAGUUCAGCCACAGAACCGAUACCAGGACCUGAUCAACGACAUUGCCAAGGACAUCCGUAACCAGCGGCGGUACCGUCAGAGGAGAAAGGCGGAACUUGUGCGUCUGCAGCAGACCAACGCCGCCCUGAACUCCAAAACCAAGUUCUACCAUGCCCAGAUCGACCAGUACCACCAGUACAUCCGGACAUGCAUGGAUAACCUCACCAAGGGAAAAGUGUCAAAUGCCAAGGCGAAGAAGAGCAAACAGGUUUCUCACAAAUACACAGCAUCUCGACUCCAUGAGAAAGGAGUCCUCAUCUCCAUCGAAGACUUGCAACCCAGCCAGUUUAGGAACGUGAUCUUCGAGAUCUCUCGCUCUGAGGCCGUUGGAGUCUUCGACGUCAAAGCCAAACUUAUGGGAGUCCAUCUGGAGACCGUCCAGCUGGAGUACCAGGACUUACUACAGUUACAGUACGAAGGGGUGGCGGUUAUGAAGCUGUUUGGCCGAGCGACCAUCAACGUGAACCUUCUCAUCUUCCUCCUCAACAAAAAGUUCUACGGCAAAUAAUCCCACUGUCAUUUUAAACUGUUAUGUUCUAUGUACUAUUCUGAAUGUUCCACAGAGAAACAAUAAACUUUUAUCUAACGCAACCUCAA